AUGGCGAUCGCAUCUCAGGCUGCUCUUCUGGACGAAUUGCUUGGUAAAAAUCGCGAUGCUUUGGCAAGCGACCGGAACAAAGGUCCACACUGGUCGGACGAAGAUACUUGCAAAUAUUUCCUUUGCGGUUUCUGUCCUCAUGAUCUCUUUGUAAACACAAAGACCGAUCUUGGUCCUUGUGAUAAGACUCACGAUGAACGCCUGCGAGAAAAUUACCGCAAAAGCAGCCGGUUUGAAAAGAUGGGCUAUGAAACCGAUUUUUAUGAUUAUCUUAUUUAUCUUCUUGAUGACGUUGAUAAACGUAUUCGGCGCGGACAUGAACGUCUCCAGGUUAGCAAAACUAGUCUUCCCGCGGAUCCAGAUGGAGCUGCUGAGAAAGCUGAUAAAAUUGCCUCCUUGACAAGGAGAAUUAAUGAUCUUGUUGAGCAAGCUGAGCAAUUGGGCUCGGAAGGCAAUGUUGACCAAGCACAGGGUGUGCUCAAACUCUGUGAACAACUAAAGUUUGAAAGGUCACAGCUUGAAGGGGAUACUAGACCGGGUGCUGGUCAGGAACUUGAGGUAUGCGAAAUCUGCGGAGCCUUUAGAAUAAAGGAUGAUGCCCCGCAAAGAGUAGAAGAACAUUUGGCUGGAAAAAUGCACCUCGGCUAUGCAAAAAUUCGUGAUUACGUAAGGGAAUAUGGAGAGAAGAAACUGAGAGAGAACGAAAGAGAGCGAGGAAAAUCGACCUCUCGUCAUCGUGAUCAUCAUCGAAGUCGUGACUGCAGUAGAGAUGGAGGGCAUCGUGAUCGUCACGGGCAUCGCAGGAGUCAUGGAGAAGGCCGACGUCAUCGAUCCAGAUCUCGAUCUCACUCACGAAAACGCCACGAGCGUGGUCGUGAACGUGGCCGACAUGGUGAGCGAUCUCAUCACAAGAUACCAAAAAGAACUGUUUCACCUUUUAGUGCCGCUCGCAGACCCCCAGAAGGUGCGGAAGAUGAUUAG